AGAAAGUAGUAUUUUAUUGCUGCAGCCGGAAAACCCUUUUCAUCACCUCCAUCACAAUACACACACAUAUACACAUUACAGUGAAAUAAGAGCUUUUUAAUGGCCGCUGCGCUCAAGGCAACUUGCUUCCUCCAACUGAAAACCAGCUACAGUUUACCCGAACGCCGUUCUUCUACAACAAACACAUCUUUCAAAUUCAAGCCAAUCAUGGCCUCCCUCGCCACCGCCGCCCCGACUGUUGGCCUUGCCGAAACUUUCUCCAGAUUGAAACAACAAGGAAAAGUGGCAUUCAUUCCAUAUAUCACAGCUGGCGACCCCAACCUUUCAACAACUGCAGAAGCAUUGAAGGUCCUCGAUUUAUGCGGCUCAGACAUUAUUGAAUUAGGGAUGCCUUAUUCAGACCCUUUGGCUGAUGGUCCUGUUAUCCAGGCUGCUGCCACACGGUCGUUAGCCAGAGGAACCAACUUCGAUAAGAUCAUUGCAAUGUUGAAGGAAGUGGUGCCUGAAUUAUCUUGUCCGGUUGCACUAUUUUCGUAUUAUAACCCGAUACUCAAACGUGGCGUGGAGAAUUUCAUGACUAUUUUGAAUGAUACUGGAGUCCAUGGACUUGUUGUGCCAGACGUGCCUCUAGAGGAGACUGAGAUUUUGAGAAAAGAAGCUAUUAAGAAAAAUAUCGAACUGGUGCUGCUCACCACACCCACUACCCCGACAGCACGAAUGAAAGCCAUUGUUGAAGUUUCAGAAGGAUUUGUCUACCUUGUGAGCUCGAUUGGAGUCACCGGAGCAAGAGCAUCUGUCAGUGAAAAGGUUCAAUCUCUCCUACAGGAGAUUAAGGAGGCAUCAGAUAAGCCAGUAGCAGUUGGUUUCGGCAUAUCAACACCCGAGCAUGUUAAACAGGUGGCUGGUUGGGGAGCAGAUGGUGUGAUUGUCGGUAGUGCAAUGGUCAAAAUAUUGGGUGACGCAAAAUCACCUGAAGAAGGAUUGAAAGAACUUGAAGCCUUCACCAGAAGCUUAAAAUCUGCUUUGUUAUGAUAAAAUGGUUUUCCUCGGUUUCUUUGCACUUUGGAUAAAAAUCUGCAUUAUUUGAUGUUUUUUGGAAUAAAUAUUGAAUUUUUUUUGUUCAAUAAUGAUGUUUUGUUGUUCCUUUUUUAACUUAAAUUGCAUUUUUGGAGUUAAUUUAGCACCACUCUUCUCAUUCUAUAUUAGUGAUUUUGUUUUUUCCUA